AUGGACGGCUUGAGAUUCCCCGUCUUCAAUGAUGGCGACGUCAUGGUGCGGAUCGGCCAGAAAGCCUAUCAACUGCACUCCGAUGUGCUUAGACGCCAUUCGCGCCUUUUCAGGCAUGCGCUUCAGGAUGCUCCACGGUUCGAAGGCUUCGUUCAUUUCUAUUUGACUCCUUCGGAGCUGAGCGAUGUGGGAAUUUUGGAAGUCCAGAAGACAUGGGACUCGUCGUUCCCAAUGAUAGAGCGUCUAUUUGAUGAGCCCGCCAAAGUCCGUGAAUAUUGGGAUAACAUUCUCCGCGUCCUUUACAAGAUCAAGCCCAACCUGUAUCUUCUUAAUCGCGAUCCUGCAACCGUUGCCUUCGAACUGGUCGAUUUGGGUGCAACCAUCGGAUCAAAGACCAUUGUCGAUCAUGGUGUCGAUCUGGCACUCCGCGAUUUCGGCCAGCAAUUGUUCCUCAUGAUUUCCGAGGACCCGGUUGGCUGGCUUUUCUUUGGAAAUCGUAUCCGCUCCGGGCUCAUCUAUCACGAGGCUCUCGUUCACCUGGUCGGCAAAUGGCAUCAGCUCCCCAGCGAAGAUCAGGCUCGCGCUGCGUUGCUUCCAGAGUACACUGAAAACAUUGUAAUUGCGUCCUCCAGGGCGCUCGAACGCACCAAGGAGAAUGUCGAGGCCUCACUCUUGACAUAUACUCCUAGUUGGAUUUCUCUGGAAGCCGAUAUACCCUAUCUGGUUGAAAAUUGCAUGCUCCAGGCCGUCGGUAUUUUCCGCCAAUGGUUUUGUCACCAGGUCGCUGACGCCAAUAGCCUUGACAAUUGGGGUGCAAGAACCAGGCUGUAUCGCACCAUAGCUGCCGGUGGCAAUGCAUACCUUGAAGAUGAUAAACUCGAAUACCUUCACGGCUCGCCCAUCUAUUGGGGGCUUGCGGAAGAGCAUGAAAUUGACGACAAUCUGAAUUUGAUCAAGGACGGCGUUAAACUGAUUGUCGCGCCUCUUCUGGUGAACGAAAGCCGUUAUGACCCCCAGCAGCUGGGCCGACUCCCCUACCUCACCUGUAUCAGGAUAGAGGUCGAGGAUAUCCCCUGGAACGAGUGGGCUGUCGAAGAUGGUAUCAAUGGUUUGCCGGACAUCGGAUCCUCGGAUUCUGAGUCCAGCAGUACUGAUAGUUGGGUUUCUUCGGUGCACUAUUCAGACGAUGCUAUGGUUGAUGGGUUGGCUGAAAUGAUGGAGGGCUAUAAGUAA